AUGUCCGCACCACGAACGAAGCGCCAGUUCGCCGGCGCAGCCAGCGACCCGGCCCAACGCCGCAUCACCUCCUUCUUCAGCAGCUCCGGCGCCGUCUCUUCAUCCACAUGCCCCGACGAUGCUCUAGCCCGAGGAGGUGGCCUCGCCGCCGUGGACUCAUCUGUCCAGGCAAACCUCCUAUCCGUCGGCAUGCGGGUGCGCAAGGCCGUUCCCGAGGGCUACAAGACGAACGGCUACAGCGCCUUUUCGCUGUGGGACGAAAACAACAACACUACCAGCAGAAGUAACAGGGAGAUGACAGCUCCGACCAAGACGACCUACGACGCCACCGGUCGCUCGCGUAGCGGCGCCGCCUCUGUGGCUACGACACCAAGGGAAUUGCUCCCCUUUUGCGGCAUUCACAAGAUUGGCGGCAUGGACACGCAAAAGCCAAACGCUGCCGAUGAUUAUUCGUUUAGCCUGCCUUCUACCGAAGGUCCGCUGGGCCUGCUUGACCCGGACUCCAUGGACGAAGUCCCGGGCCUCACCCUCAGCCAGGAGUCGGUCGAGUCAAAUAAUUCGAUAGAGGCUGACACUUUUGGCUCGAGGACACGGAAGCGGUUCUUUGCCGACGAGGAGAGUGCUGAUUUCCCCGACUUUGGAGCGAGCUCGCGAAGCCUCGCGCCCGUGGACCCCAGCAAUGGCAGACGACUGGCCACACCCCGGAAGACUAGACUCUCGACAAAGCUGGAUGGGCCUGGACCUGUUGGUCAAGAGAAUGUCAUGGUUCUUGAUGACUUUGAGGAGGCUUCGUUCUUGGAUCCGAACGUGGAAGUCGACAUGGACGACCUUUGA